AUGAUAUUGUAUAUAAUCAUUCUGAUUUUACCAAUUUCUUCAUUACCAAUUGCAAAACAGUUAAAUUUAACUGAUCGUUUGCAAAACAUAAUGAGUGAAAUUGAACAAGAACAAAUUAAUUUAAACAAUCAAAGAGACAAAUUUCUAUCGGACAAAGCAAGGUUUACUCUUGAGUUAUUAGAAAUGUCGGGAAACACAACUGAAGAUGAUUUAAUUUAUUUAAAUGUUGGUGGUGAAUUAAUGACAACAACCCGAUCAACACUUACAUUAAUACCAGAUUCAAAACUUUACAAAUUAUUCAAUGGUCGUUGGAAUGAUAAAUUAGUUUAUGAUAAAAAUAAUUUUGUAUUUUUAGAUUAUGAUCCUAUUCUUUUUAAACAUCUGUUGAAUCAAUUACGAUUAAACAGAACAAGUACAUUUACUCCACCACCAUUGAGACAACAAAAAGAGUGGAAGGAAUUUCUGGGCCUAUUAGAUAUUUCUCAUCCGUCAGAUUUUGUUAUUAAAUUAAAUGUUCGUGAUGAAUAUGUUACAACAUUGCACUCAACAUUAACUGUUAUAUCAGAUUCAAAAUUAGCUCAAAUGUUUAAUGAUGAAGAUGGAGAAUUAUUCUAUGAUCAAGAUGGAAAUGUGUUUUUAGAUGUUAAUCCUAAAUGGUUUAAACAUUUACAUGCUCAAUUAAAAAAAUGGCAUGAUACAGAAAAUAAUGCAAUUCAUCCACCACCCUAUCCAAAUGCAAACGAUAAAGAAUUUAUCGAUAUUAUGCAACAAUUUGGUUUAACUAACUAUGCUCCAACUACAGCAAAUCCACAUCAAUGGCAACGUGGAUAA